AUGGCUAAAUCUACUAAGCAUCAUCGUAACUCAAAUAGUAAUAAAAUAUUUCAACCUGAAAUUAUUGAAAAAAAAUUGUUUUUUUAUGAGGAAAAAAAAAUUCUUUGUACUUAUGAAGAAGGUUCCAGAAAUAGUUGGUUCACUACAUUUGAUGAAAAAAAUAAAGUUACAUUUUGUGAUCAUGAUUUUAAAUUUUGUGUCAGUUCAGAUAUUUUAAUGUCUCUAACAAAUCCGAACACAAGUAAUUUAUAUGACAUUAUUUUACGAUAUAUUUCUAAUUCAACGAAUGAUGAAUCAUAUUCUGAAAAAUAUCCACUUGAUAUGGAAAUAUUUAUAAAUGAUAGAAAUUAUACUAAAUUACUUCCAAAAUUAGAAGAAAAAAAUAUUCCAGCUGAUUUUGAUAGACGUGUAUCAUAUCCAACCAUAAUUACACCAGCCAUUAUUAAUGGAUAUGAAUCUUCAUCUCAAGAAAAAAAUGAUCUAAUUAGUUCAUGCUUGUUUCGUGUAUUUAUUAGAUACCCUCUAGAAACAGGAAGAAGAUCACAUGUUAACAAUAAACAUUUUUAUUUUAAAAUUGCCUUUUGUUUGAAAAAUUCUCCAAAAGCUAUCAUAAACAAACUUUUGAAACUAUCAAUGUUAGAAACAAAAACAUUUGUUAUGAAUAUUAUUAAAGAAUUUAAACCUUAUGAAGAAAGUAUGGUAAUUCCAUUAUUAUCACCUACAACAAAAAACAACAUUAUACUUCCAUUUAGAGGAAAAUAUUGUGAACAUUUAUUUCCAGAUGAUUUAGAAUGUUACCUAAAUCAAAAUGUGGGUAAUGAAGAAUUUUUAUGUAGAUUUUGUGGAAAUAAAUGUACUCCAGAUGAUAUAUUUAUUGAUGAAUAUUAUUAUGAUAUAUUAGAAAAAAAUCCUAAAAUAACUAAAAUUGAGGUUUUCAAAAGUGGUAAAUAUAACGUUUUGGAGACUAAUGACAGUCAUAUCAAGAAAAAUAAGAAGAAUAACUACAAUUUUAUUAAUAUAGAUGAUGUUAUUUUUAUCAGUGGAAGCAGUAAUGAUGAAAAUGAUAUAAAAAUAUAUGUAAAUAUGUCAAAAUUUUUGUGGUCUUAG